UCCUCUUUAUCCCCUGGCUGACCGUUAGGAGGUGAAAUCUGCGUCUCGCGGGGCCCCGUUUCGGCUCGUUCGGCAACCUGAUCACCAACGCCCAAAAAGCUGAGUGUAGGAAAUGAACAGAGCUGUGAGAAGAUCCGCUUUUUCUGCUCGCUGAGAAAAGAGCUAGCUCCCUGCUCCGCGCCGCCUCAUAGCGCAUCUCCCCCGCCCCGCACUGCACAACUCGCUCACCUCCUAACUGGAUUUGGGACCGUCCGUUCUCAUACCUUGGACGGUUGGUUAUUUCACCUCGCCCAUUUACUCAUAGUCUUCUUUCUACGUUUACCUCUCCAUUGAAACCUCUACGGGAAAAUGGCAACUGAAAUCGACAAGGAAGCAUGCAGGGAAGCGUACAACCUCGUCAGAGACGACAAUACAGAUAUAAGCUGGGUUUCCUUUAAGUAUGACGGAUCCAAGAUUGUACCUGGGGGACAGGGGACCGAGUAUGAGGAGUUUAAGCAACAGUGCACAGAUGACGCGCGUCUCUUCGGGUUCGUGCGGAUCACGACGGGCGACGCCAUGAGCAAGCGGGCCAAGUUCACGCUCAUCACCUGGAUCGGGGAGAACGUGAGCGGGCUGCAGCGCGCCAAGAUCAGCACCGACAAGACCCUGGUGAAGGACAUCGUACAGAACUUUGCGAAGGAGUUCAUGGUCAGUGACCUGCGUGAGCUGGAUGAGGACUACAUCCGCGAUGAGCUGAAGAAGGCGGGCGGGGCCAACUAUGACGCCCAGGCGGAGUGAGGGGGCGGGGCAUCAGUCUGUCCACUGUCUAGAUAUGGGGGAGACAGGCCCACAAGACACAUUGGUACUUGCUCACACACACGCACACACGCACACGCAAAGAUGCAUACACACACACACACACACACACACACACACA